AUGAACGACGCACAGGACUUUCUCGAUCCGGAUAACAUUACCCACUCCGAGUUUCGCGCAGAAAUUAAGAACUGGAUCGAAGAACAGGGCAUCCACACAAACCUACAACUGCAGAUGAAGAAGGAUUUGAUCGAUCAAAUCAGCCGGACUGCGAUGGGUCGAAAAAUCAGUCUGAAAAUGCAAACCCACCAGGGCAUUGUCCUCUCGCCACUGGUGCUGGUCCUAAACACCUUGGUCGCGGAAUUCCUGUACACCCAAAACUGCCACUUCUCGUUGUCGGUGUUCAGCAGCGAAGUCCCGUUCAAGAACACGUUGCCCGAUUUUACCAAAUCCAAACACUUUCGGUUGAGUCGAAUCGAACUGAAGGAGAUCUUCGAAGCGCUUGGAGUCGACCACUAUUCCGGGCUGGUGGAAAAGUACGAGGCCAAAACUACGAAGGAAGGAGGAAAGUCACUGCUCUACAUAAUUUUCAAGUCCAUGCUGGCUUCGGUGAGGACGUAUGAGGAUAAAUUCAAGCGUUUGAAAAAUGAGGAAGCAGAGCGCGAAACGACCAAGACCAUGCUGGAUGGCUUGGCGAUGGACAAAUUGCACAAGAACAUAGAGAAGUUGCUACAACGGAUGAAGCUCGUUGAGAAGAGCAUUGGGAGGGUCGAAGAACUGCAUCGCGAGGAUGGGCAUCGCGGCAAAGAAGAGGAAACCAACUCGUUGAAAGUGUGCACAGAGAGCGUGUCUAGGAUGGUUAGCCGGUUGGAAGUGUAUUCGAAGACGCUUGAAGAUCUGAUCGUGAAGUUGCAGAUUCAAGCUCAGACUGAUAACGCGGUCGAGGAAGAGAAAGUACCAGAACAGGCGAAGCCUGUUCAGGUGGAGCAGAAAAGUUACACGGAUUUCCUAAAUGAGCUCAAGACAACCGAGCCCGGUAGGAAGUAUGUUGCGAAGCUACAGAAGCAGGUGCUUAAGCUAAUGGACAAGGAGAAGGCACUGAUUGAGGCGAAGUACGAGAAGAAGUUACACGAAGCGGAAUUGGAGUAUAAAUCCAAACUUGAAGGGGUGCUCUCCGAGAGGAUUAGAGAGAUGUCGGUCCCGAGGGAGAUUCAACGGUCUCCGAAACUGACGAAACGAGAAAGCGAAAGCGAGGAAAGUGUUCACUUUAUGAAGAAAAUCGACGAGAAGUUGAAUCAACUGUACCAGCACGAGCGUAAUGUGGACGAGAAAUUGGUAACACUGAAGAACGAUCUGCAGAAGCACGAGAUGAAACAAAGCAAGUACUUCCAAUCACUGAAGACAGCUGAGACGAAGGAAAAGAAGCUACUGGUGUUGCAGGACGUGGAACGGCAACUGUUGGCAACGUUCGAGGAUGAAACGCAGGCAAUCAUUCAGAAUGCUAAGACGACGAUCGAGCAUUUGGAGAGCGAGAGUGACAAGAUUAAUCGAUCGUUCCAGCAGUACUUGCAGAAACAGCGGGAGGACAAACGGAGGUUGAACGAUGAAAAAGUGCAAAUUUGGCAGAAGUAUAACGACGAGAAGCUGGAGCUGAAUCAACGUGAGUUGAUGGGAAUCAACGGGCAUCGUUCGCAGGCGGUGGUGACGAUGAAGCAGACUUAUCAGCCGCAUCACGAGGAAAUACCAGAGAUGGGAGACUUCGAGAACCCGUUCAAGAACUUUGAUCCACACAAGUAUCUCCGUCAACCGAAAGUCUGCAACAUAGUCCUGGAUAGUCCGCGGGAACACAAUGUUGUCGACGUAGCCGUUAAUACGACUGUUGAGCCUGCUAGUUUGAAGCCUUCCUUGACUGAAGCAAGGAAAUCGGUAAGUCCUAACGUUCACCUUCUGGAAAGCGCCCGAUUGGAUCGGGAAACUUCAAAGCCCGUGGAUCAAGAAAUUGAUCCUAAACCGAGCACCGUGGAGUCAACAGCGUCCCAUAAUCUUAAUGUAAACCUUUUGGAGAAGGAACAAGCCGACUCGAAGCUCAGUGAGCUUCUCGCCAAAGAUACGCUGAACUUAAAGCGAAGCAUCGAGGAAAACCUGCAGAAGCUGGACCAGAUGAGCAAAACAUACACCAAAUCGACGUCCUCCAGUGAACAGGAAAGGCAGCGCACGUACAACGUGAAGCCAACCGAGAAAAGUUUGGAUGAUUUGUCCAGCGGAGCGGAGCUGGGUAUUUCCGAUGGGGAAUCGAGUGUGGGUAGUUUGGGAAAACGAGGCGAUCGAGUGGAUUUGAACAGUACGAAAGAGCUGUUAGAAUACGCCAGGAAGAAUUUUUCCAUCGGUGAAACGAAUGAAGGCCUGGAGGCGAAGAAAGAUUCCCCAGAGCUGGGAUCUUUGGGAUCACUGAGCGAUUUGGAUGUUAGUGGGGACAGCAAAUCAAACGCUGGGAAGGGCGUCGAGCUCGAGGAUAGUGUUCAUGAUAUACUGGAAGACAUCUCUACCGGUAAGCGAUCAUUAUCUGACAACAGUUGGAAUUGAAAUUAAUGAUUUUAAG